UGUACAGAAAAUAUGGCAACCCUAGUUUCUAUGGCGGACAUCGAAGCGAAAGCUAUGCGUCUUGAAAUUGAUCUCUCCACUGUGGAUUUAGAAGCUAUAAAGCUGCCUCAUGGCGAAGAUUUUGGUAUAAAGAGUGAUGAUGAUGAAGAUAUUCUCAAUGAGGAUACCCAAGAAUUCGAAACUGGUUUUGGGAAUAUUAUUGUAGUUGAUAAUCUCCCGGUUGUUCCACCGGAGAAAUUCGAGAAGCUUGAAGGAGUUGUCCGGAAAAUAUACAGUCAAAUUGGUGUUAUUAAGGAUGAUGGGCUUUGGAUGCCUCUCAAUCCCGAUACCAACAAGACAUUAGGUUACUGCUUUAUUGAGUUCAAUACUCCUCAGGAGGCUGAGCUUGCCAAGGAGAAGACACAUGGAUACAAGUUGGACAAGGCACACAUAUUUGCUGUGAACUUGUUUGAUGACUUUGACAGGUUUAUGAAAGUUCCAGAUGAAUGGGCUCCUCCUGAGAUAAAACCAUAUGCACCCGGGGAAAAUCUUCAACAAUGGCUUACAGAUGAAAAAGCCCGAGAUCAGUUCGUAAUUCGUGCCGGAUCAGACACUGAGGUGUUAUGGAAUGAUCCCAGACAACUAAAGCCAGAACUUGUUUACCGUCGGGGUUAUUGGACUGAAAGUUUUGUUCAAUGGGCCCCACUUGGGACAUACUUGGCUACAGUGCAUAGGCAGGGUGCCGCCGUUUGGGGAGGUGCCGCUACCUUUAACCGUCUCAUGCGUUAUGCUCAUCCCCAGGUUAAGCUCAUUGAUUUCUCUCCUGGGGAGAAAUAUUUGGUUACAUAUAGCAGCCAUGAACCAAGCAAUCCUCGUGAUACUCAUAGGGUUGUCUUGAACAUCUUUGAUGUGAGAACUGGAAAAGUCAUGAGAGAUUUCAAGGGAAGUGCAGAUGAGUUCGCAACUGGUGGCACCGGGGGUGUCUCUGGAGUGUCAUGGCCUGUCUUUAGGUGGGGAGGCGGGAAAGAGGAUAAAUAUUUUGCUAGAAUUGGGAAAAAUGUGAUCUCUGUCUAUGAAACAGAGACUUUCACUCUUAUUGACAAGAAGUCCUUGAAGAUUGAAAAUGUAAUGGAUUUCUGUUGGUCACCCACAGAUCCCAUAUUGGCACUCUUUGUUCCAGAGCUAGGUGGUGGGAACCAACCUGCUAGGGUCAGCCUUGUCCAAAUUCCUAGCAAGGAAGAACUGAGGCAGAAAAAUCUUUUCAGUGUUAGUGAUUGCAAAAUGUACUGGCAAAGUAAUGGGGACUACCUUGCUGUUAAGGUUGACCGAUACACUAAAACCAAAAAAAGCACAUAUACUGGCUUUGAGCUUUUCCGCAUAAAGGAAAGGGACAUACCCAUUGAGGUUUUGGAACUCGAAAAUAAGAGUGACAAAAUUGUUGCCUUUGCCUGGGAGCCCAAAGGGCAUAGGUUUGCUGUUAUCCACGGAGACGGCCCCAAGCCUGACAUAAGCUUCUACUCUAUGCGAAGUGCUCACCACUCAGGACGUGUCUCAAAGCUCACUACUCUUAAAGGCAAACAGGCUAAUGCUCUUUACUGGUCUCCUGCUGGACGCUUCAUUAUCCUUGCAGGGUUGAAAGGUUUCAAUGGACAGUUGGAAUUCUAUAAUGUUGACGAGCUUGAGACAAUGGCAACAGGAGAGCAUUUCAUGGCAACUGACAUAGAAUGGGAUCCAACGGGAAGAUAUGUUGCAACAUCUGUUACUUCAGUUCAUGAAAUGGAGAAUGGGUUUAAUAUUUGGUCCUUCAAUGGAAAGCUGCUAUAUCGGAUUUCGAAGGACCAUUUCUAUCAGUUUUUGUGGCGCCCAAGGCCGCCAUCCUUCUUAAGUCCAGAGAAAGAGGAAGAGAUAGCAAAGAACCUGAAGAAGUACAGCAAGAAGUACGAAGCAGAGGACCAGGAUGUCUCAUUGCUCUUGAGUGAACAAGAUCGGGAAAAACGAAAGAUGCUUCAAGAGGAAUGGGAUCGUUGGGUCCAGGAAUGGAAGAAGUUCCAUGAAGAAGAGGAGGAGAUACGACAGUUAUUGAGGGAUGGGGAAGCAAGUGAUGAGGAAGAAGAGUAUGAGGCGAAAGAAGUUGAAGUAGAAGAAGUGUUGGAUGUAACGGAGGAAGUGGUCUCGUAUGAUUUUGAGCAGAAUGCGAAUUAUAUGAGUUAAGACUGGUAGCUUGGUGUUCUUCAGUUCUUAACAGCAGCACCAAUUUUUGAGUUACUCAUUUUUGUUUAUGGUUAGUUAAACGCUUUUAAGUAGGAUGGUUUAGAAGUUGAUUUCUUUAUUUUAAUGUGGAUUUCCUAAUUUUGUCCUACUGAAUUCUUCCUAGGUUCGUCGAUAUAUCAUUUAGUGAACAUUGUAAUUGGCC